GGCCGCGGGGACCCGGGGAGCCUCUCACCGGGGAUCGGGGAGUCGGCAUUGGGGACCCAGAGAACGAGGCCGAACUGGGGGGAACUAGGCGGACACGGGGAUUCGGGGUUAGGUGGUUUCCAGACACCGCGCUCCCUGGCCAGGAGAGGUUCAUCCCGCUCCGAACUUCAUCCGCAGUCCCAGCCUCAGUUUCCCCCCUGUUCAAAUGGAGGGGCGGCUUCUGUCCUAAUGGAAGUGUUUCAGGCCCUGCAGCGGCUCCACAUGACCAUUUUCUCCCAGAGUGUCUCACCCUGCGGGAAGUUCCUGGCAGCUGGCAACAAUUAUGGGCAGAUAGCCAUCUUCAGCUUGUCUGCUGCUUUGAGCUCUGAGGCCAAAGAAGAAAGUAAGAAGCCUGUGGUCACAUUCCAAGCCCAUGAUGGACCCGUCUACAGCAUGGUCUCCACUGAUCGACAUCUGCUCAGUGCUGGGGAUGGGGAGGUGAAGGCCUGGCUUUGGGCAGAGAUCCUCAAGAAGGGCUGUAAGGAGCUGUGGCGGCGUCAGCCCCCAUACAGGACCAGCCUAGAAGUGCCUGAGAUCAAUGCUUUGCUUCUCGUCCCCAAGGAGAAUUCUCUCAUCCUGGCAGGGGGAGACUGUCAGUUGCAUACGAUGGACCUCGAGACUGGGGCCUUCACAGUGAGCAAGCCAUGGAGCUGGGGUGGUCAGGGCUGGAUGGGAGUAGGGGCAUUCUUCCUGGAUCUCCUCCUGACAGCGGCCCUCCUCCUGCAGCGGGCCCUCCGGGGCCACAUGGACUAUAUCCACUGCCUGGCACUGCGGGAGCGGAGCCCUGAAGUGCUGUCGGGUGGCGAGGAUGGAGCCGUGAGACUUUGGGACCUCCGCACAGCCAAGGAAGUCCAGACCAUCGAGGUGUAUAAGCAUGAGGAGUGCUCGAGACCCCACAAUGGGCGUUGGAUUGGAUGUUUGGCAACUGACUCAGACUGGAUGGUCUGUGGAGGCGGCCCAGCACUCACCCUCUGGCACCUCCGAUCCUCCACACCCACCACCAUUUUCCCCAUGCGGGCGCCACAGAAACACGUCACCUUCUACCAGGACCUGAUUCUGUCUGCUGGCCAAGGCCGCUGUGUCAACCAGUGGCAGCUGAGUGGGGAGCUCAAGGCCCAGGUGCCUGGCUCCUCCCCAGGGCUGCUUAGCCUCAGUCUCAACCAGCAGCCAGCAGCACCCGAGUGCAAGGUCCUGACAGCUGCAGGUAACAGCUGCCGGGUGGAUGUCUUCACCAAUCUGGGCUACCGCGCCUUCUCCUUGUCCUUCUGACCUCUGGCAACACCUCUUCCAUCCCAGGGAUUUGGAGUGCUUUUUUCUUUCUUUUUUUUU